CCACUCUCCCAUCAGUGUCAGCCUUGAGCGCUGUCCUCCUCUCUCAGCCAGUGUGGGUAGGGACUCCUUUCAUUUCAAAACAGCGUUCCCCAAGGUCAGACGUUCUCCCACUGCUCCCCUCAGCUUCAUCCUCCCCAUUGGCUCCAGUCUCACCUCAUUCCAUCAUCUUUUCUAAGCCAGCAGAGCGACCCACCAAAGUGCCUUUAUUCCCCCAAACAGCCCUGACUAACUCCUCUUCAAGUCAAAGCAGAGCUAAUCCCUUAAGCCCAUCUGCCGAGAAAAUGAGCCAUGCUCCGUCCAGAAAUGCCCGGCAUUCGCUAGGCAUGCCUCGUCUAGGUCUGUCUGGAUCCUCCACAGAGCAGUACUCUGAGCCGUUCCCCACAGAGCGUCCUCACUCAGCAGGCUCCCCCACAAGUGAGAUUUUGAGCUCCGAGGCACAGCUGGCCCAUCUGUCUCCCCCUCCCCUGCGGCCUGGACGUCUUCAGCUUCCGGGUGAAACCCCCUCCUGGUCAGUGUUGAAAGUCGCCUCCAGUCCUGCAGCCACCCCGCCAGUGGAAGCUGAGGUGGCUGAAAGAGUGCACACACGGGUGUCUUUGCCAGCUUUCAGGAAUGGAGCAGCAGCAGCCAUCCGAGAGGCCAGGCCUUCACUUUCCCAGACUGUGGGGUCUGCAGCAGUAGAAAGGACCAGCAGAAAGCCAGUGCCUGCUACUGCAGACAACUCUGCUAAGCCCCCACUCCUGUCCCCAGCUCCUGAGAAUUCCGAAGGGCCCACCCUUUCGGCAGGACACUCAUUUUCCCCUGUGGUGCCUUUCUCUCCGCCUCUCACCACGUCCAGCCAAGGGCAAGCCAGCCUUUCCGGGGCGGUUCCUGCACCGCCGUCAGACAGCUGGGCAGCAGACCCUCCCGCCACGCGGGCUCUCCUCCAGCAGGCACAGAAUCAUGCCUCCCCCUCUGCCGUGCCCUGAAUGCCAACUCCUCAAGAGGAGGGCGACGCCAGAUCCCCUGCUGCAGCUACAGACUUCCUGCUCUCAAGCAAAUUUCCUGGUCUUCUUCCUUCAGCUUGGACUUUUCCCCCGCACAAAGAAGAGGGCCUGACAGCUGUUCUAAAGAAAAAUGAAGAGGCAAAUUUGACAGUUGCUCUCCAGAUGCAUCUAAGUAAGGAGAUUCCCAGUCUUCACACUGUAAAUAGACUCACUUCUACUUUUAGCAUUGAUCACGUUCCAUCGACUGUCGUUACAACACCAAGAACGCUUCUCCUUCCUUCACAAUUACCUCCACCUUCCAUCCCCUCUGUACGAUCCUCCCAGACUGUUUCCCCAUCUCCCAGCUUUUCCAGCACCAAGCCAGAGACUCUCACAGCUGCGAUGGGCCAUUCUGAGUUGCCAGUUUCAGCUUCCAAACAGGUGACAGCAUUUCCCUCCUCUGGCGAGGUCUAUGAUUUCUCAGCAACAGGAGACGGGACAAAGCCAUUAGAUCUUUUCUGGAGUUCUUUUUCGCCAGAAACGGGAUCCCUUCCCACAGAACCAACAAUGUAUGGCCUGCUGCAGCAAAUGAAUUAUGACUUAAAUGAGCACGUAAUUAACUCCACAAGUUGGAAAACUCAUUCAGCUUCAACUACUGCUGCCAGCGGUUUAACGUCAGCUGCCAGUACAAUCAAAUCUCAAGCUGUCAAAGAUACCACUGGGCAUCUACCACCUGCAGAAGCCUUUGGCAUUCGGGAUCCCGUCCUUGGCACAAGCUCCAACCAACCCUUUCAACAGUCAGAUGUUGCUGUGGUUGGGAACCACACAGACUUCUUGUCCAUAAACAAUAACAACCAUUUGGGAGAUUUCCAAACAGCUGAGGUUGAAGAUUACCCAUCUACAAGUCAACGGUCUGUGUCUCACCACCACCUGCAGCUGCCUGCCCAUCCAGCACAGCCUCUCUUGUCGACUUCUCCAAGUCUAAGUUCCACAGCUAGCUUGCAGGACAUGCUUUCCAGUGGAAUAGAUACAAAUUCCCAAAUUCCCAGUGACAUCUAUCCAUCUCCUGUGAUAAAUGCUUCCACACCAUUCCAGAGUAUCCAGAGAUACCUCUCUGCUCCUGAGUCUCCUCCUCUCUCAACCAGCGCCUUAUUCAGGACCCCAUCCAAAGUACUGCUGGCUUCUCAGCACCCUGAGAAAUGGACAGUGGACUCCUCAGUGUCGUCCAAGGCAGAACCAACAGCAGCAGCAGCAGCCACCUUGUUUUGGAGGAAACCAAGCUCACCGGCCAUGUCUGCAGCUCUAGUUGCUAAGGGUACUGGCGGCAGCUCUUCAGCUGUGGCCUCAGGAUUAGUCAAGAGCAGUUUGACCACUGCUCUAGCUAAAAAUGUCACCAACACUGCAGCAUCUGGCCCAAAGGUGACACCGGGGGCAGCCCAUCCAGCCUUCUUGUUCACAGCAGCCUACAUGUCUGCCAGAACGGCACCCCCUGUGAGUGCUCACACAGCCAUGCAGGGGGAUGUGGGCACUGCCUUUGGCCUCCUGUCCACAACACACCUCCCCAGGAAACCACAAGCCAUGCACAUAGGCCUCCCAACCCCCGCCCAGCCAGACAGUCCCAGGGCGUCCACCACACGCCCGCUGACAGGCCCAGCAGCCUUGACGUCCAUUACCGCACCCGUGAGGGCGACGCGGCUGCCACCUGUGCCAGCAGAAAACACAGAUGCUGCUCGUCCCGCCGUGUCGACUGCUGUGGUCACGACAGGCAGAGUGGCGUCCAACCUGGAGUGUCAGAUGUCCAGCAAGCUCCUGGUGAAGACAGUUCUCUUUCUGACCCAAAGGAGAGUGCAGAGCAGUGAAACCUUAAAGCUCAAUAUAGCCAAAGGGCUCACGCAGGCCUUGCGGAAGGCCUUCCACCAGGGUGACGUCUCGGCUCACGUGGACAUUCUGGAACAUUCUCAUAACAUCACCGUUGGUUACUAUGCUACCAAAGGGAGGCUGGUGUACUUGCCUGCCGCAGUGAUCGCAGUGCUGGGUGUUUAUGGGGUCAGCAACGUCACUGCAGAUCUGAAGCAGCACACCCCAAACCUGCAGUCUGUGGCAGGGCUCGCCUCCCCGUGGAACCCCCAGCCCGCAGGCUACUUCCAGCUGAAAACAGUGCUGCAGUUUGUGAGCCAGUCUGACAACAUACAGUCCUGCAGAUUCGCUCAGACAAUGGAACAGAGGCUGCAGAAGGCUUUCCAGGACGCCGAGAGGAAAGUCCUAAACACCAACAGCAACCUGACGAUUCAGAUUGUGAGCACAUCCAACGCCUCCCAGACAGUCACCCUGGUGUAUGUGGUGGGCAACCGCAGCUCCAUCCUCAACGGCACCGUGGCCAGCAGCCUCCUCCGGCAGCUCUCGGCUGAGCUGGUGGGGUUCUACCUCACCUACCCGCCGCUCACCAUUGCUGAACCACUGGAAUAUCCCAACCUUGACACAUCGGAAACAACCAGAGACUACUGGGUGAUUACAGUGCUGCAGGGCGUGGACAGUUCGCUGGUGGGCAUGCACAACCAGAGCUUCGCCCGGGUCAUGGAGCAGCGCCUGGCCCAGCUGUUCAUGAUGUCCCAGCAACAAGGCCGGCGGUUUAAACGGGCCACCACCCUGGGAAGCUACACUGUGCAGAUGGUGAAGAUGCAGCGGGUGCCGGGACCCAAGGACCCAGUGGAGCUGACUUACUACACUUUGUACAACGGGAAGCCAUUGCUGGGGACCGCAGCUGCCAAGAUCCUGAGCACCAUUGACUCCCAAAGGAUGGCCUUGACCCUGCAUCAUGUCGUCCUUCUGCAAGCUGACCCCGUGGUGAAGAAUCCGCCCAACAACCUGUGGAUCAUCGCUGCGGUGCUGGCGCCCAUCGCCGUGGUCACGGUCAUCAUCAUCAUCAUCACGGCUGUGCUCUGCCGGAAAAACAAGAGCGACUUUAAGCCAGACGCCGUGAUGAACCUGCCUCAGCGAGCAAAGCCUGUGCAAGGCUUUGAUUAUGCCAAGCAGCACCUGGGCCAGCAAGGGGCGGACGAGGAGGUCGUCCCUGUGACUCAGGAAACUGUAGUCCUCCCACUGCCCAUUAGAGACGCUCCUGCCUCUCAGGAAAGGGACGUUGCCCAGGACGGAAGCACCAUCAAGACGGCCAAGUCCACCGAAACCAGAAAGAGCAGGUCGCCCAGUGAGAACGGCUCUGCCAGCAGCAGCGAAUCAGGAAAGCCCAGCUCUGGGGGGCACUCACCCGAGACUGUGAUGGCACAGCAGAAAGUGGCGAAGGAGGAGGCACGGAAGAGAAAUGUGCCAGCAAGCGAUGAAGAGGAAGGAGCAGUUCUUUUUGACAACUCCGGCAAGGCGGCUGCCGAGCCCUUUGACACGUCUUCUGGAUCUGUGCAGCUCAUCGCUAUAAAGCCCACAGCCCUCCCUGUGGUGCACCCCUCUUCGGACAGGAACCAGGAGGCAGCAGUCCUCAAUGGGGAGGUGGACAAAGCCCUGAAGCAGAAGUCCGACAUCGAGCACUAUCGGAACAAGCUGCGCCUCAAGGCCAAGAGGAAGGGUUACUACGACUUCCCGCUGGCGGAGACGAGCAGAGCUCAGCCGGAGAGAAAGAAGAUGUACGAGAAAGCCCCCAAGGAGCUCCAGCACGUUUUGGACCCAGACCCAGGCCUCUGUGCCCCGUUCGCUGAGUCUAGAAGCAGGCAACAGAUGAAGAACUCUGUCUCCCGAAGCCGGCAGUCUCUGAACAGCCCGAGUCCGGGGGAAACGGAGAUGGACCUUCUGGUGACUCGGGAGCGACCCCGGCGUGGGAUCCGGAACAGCGGAUACGACACGGAGCCUGAAAUCAUAGAGGAAACCAACAUCGACAGAGUUAAUGAGCCCCGGGGCUACGCCAGGUCGAGGCAGAUGAAAGGCCACUCGGAGACCUCCACACUCAGCUCCCAGCCCUCCAUCGACGAGGUCAGGCAGCAGAUGCACAUGCUGCUGGAGGAGGCCUUCAGCCUGGCGUCCGCGGGCCACGCGGGCCAGAGCCGGCACCAGGACGUCUACGGCUCCGCGCAGCACCCGCCCUACUCGGAGGUGGUGACCAGCGCUCCAGGGACCAUGACGCGGCCCAGGGCUGGGGUGCAGUGGGUGCCAACCUAUCGCCCAGAAAUGUACCAGUACAGUCUGCCCCGGCCGGCCUACAGGUUUUCCCAGCUUCCUGAAAUGGUCGUGGGCUCUCCCCCUCCUCCUGUACCUCCCCGGACUGGCCCUGUCGCGGUUGCUUCUCUCAGGCGGUCCACCUCGGACGUGGGCAGCAAGACCAGGAUGGCCGAGGCCGUGGGGGCCGAGCCCGCCCAGCUGCAUGACAGCGCCGCCUUCACGCAGGUGUCCCGAGGCCCCGUGUCCGUGGCCCAGCUGGACCAGUCGGCUUUAAAUUACUCAGGUAAUACGGUGCCGGCAGUGUUCGCCAUCCCGGCUGCCAACAGACCUGGCUUCACCGGCUACUUCAUCCCGACUCCUCCUCCGUCCUACAGGAGCCAGGCCUGGAUGUCCUACGCAGGGGAGAGUGAGCUGCCGAGCCAGUGGGCCGAUUCGGUCCCCCUCCCAGGGUACAUUGAGGCCUACCCCCGCUCACGGUAUCAGCAGAACUCGCCCUCCAGGCUGCCCCGCCAGUACAGCCAGCCGACCGGCCUGCACCCCAGCCUGGAGCAGGCCCCGACGCCCUCAGCGGCCGCCUCACAGCAGAGCCUGGCAGAGAAUGACCCGUCCGAGACGCCACUCACCAACAUCUCCACGGCGGCCCUCGUGAAGGCCAUCCGGGAAGAAGUGGCCAAGCUGGCCAAGAAACAGACAGACAUGUUUGAGUUCCAGGUCUGACGCCUUCGCCCUGAGGGACUUCCACACUCUGAGGAAGCCAUCUGCGGGUUUCUCAAGCCUAAUGUGUCAGGACUUGAGACACAGACAAUGUAUGAGUCUGUCUCACCCUCAGUUUCUGAAAAGGUGAACAGUAGGGCUUCUGGGAAACAGGAAAGAUCUUGAAUGACAUGCCUCUUGGCUUGUUCAACUGAUUGCAGGUCAAGAAGUCCCUGCAUGGGACCAUCCGUUUGAUAUUCUGUUGUGUUAAAUGUUUGAACUGUGGGCGUGUUUCCCUAUGGAGCCUUAGUCACGAGAGGCUGUCUCAUCUGAAGACUCCUGUCCACUGCCACAUUUUAAUAAAACACCAGGAUGGGGAGCACAGAGUUCUGUCUGUGGUGACCUCUGCACGUUAACUGUUUGUGUGUUGAGGGCAGUGCAGGCGUGCGAUGGAGCUGCAGCCUGGACUCGCCCUUCUCCAGCUCUGACUGCAACUGUUAAAAUCACCUCCAGUCUGCAAGGGAGGCACCAACUCCAGCCAAGAAACUUGAGUCCUUUUCUUUUAAAAGUUCAUAUUCAAAGUCAAAUGAAUUGGAUGAAAGUCAAUACUGGCAGUCCCGCACUUAUAAAUAGUCCUAACUCUUUUUUCUUUCAUUAAUUAAACAAAGGCCCGGAAAGAGACAAGAUGAGAGGGAAUGGUGGGCUCGUGUUGGCAGGUUUGGAAGGCGCUGUAGAGUACCCUCCAACUGAAAGAGGAUCGGCGCGCAGUGCUUUUAGGACCCUACAAAAGACAAACAGGUAUUUGUGGAGGUUUUUCUUUGCCCUGCAAUGGAGGUGGCCUGAAAACGAAGCUUCUCUCUUUGGGGGGAUAAUAGAUGCAUCGACGUUUACAAGAAAAUCUGUCUCUUCAACAAUGAUGUCCAGCUUGUGCUGCUGAGUGAUACAAAAGGAGAUGGUAAUUGAUGCCUGUUGGAAGCAGGCAUGGUGGAUCCACAGCCUCCCCAGGCUGAGGCCUCUGUUUAUAGAAGCUUCUGGAUGUAGAAAAUCUAUUGAUUUAUGUUUAAAUGUAAAUAACAUUUUAAAAUGUGUAUGGAGUUUGCCGGUCCCCUCCCUCCCCACUCCCCGUAGUUAAUGGACACAGAGGACGUUUGCUGAAAUGACACAGCUGCUGACCUUGUGACCGUGGUGUUGCCCAUCACCAUGGUGGGCAUGGCGUGGGGGUGGACAUGGCCUCAAAACCCUGAGUCCCCGCCGCGAACUGUCAAUGCAAAAGCAAAACAGCUGCUGCCUUCCGGUAGCCCCAGGGGAGGGGACACUCUGGUUCCUCCCCAGCUUUGGGAGCUGUGCGCAGUGUCGGGGGCUUGAAUGGUGUCUGUUGGAGAGCAAGGUCCUGUGCUGCCUUCACCCAUGAUCUGUCUGGCUUCAGCUGCCUCCAUUUCCUCUGAGCCCAUCUUUCCAUUCUCCUCCUGAGUUUCUUUGGUCUUUACUGAGAGAAGAAGGUAGAAAUUUAAAGCCUGAGGGAAGAGUAGGAAUGGAAGUGAUUAGAAUGGGAGAUGCAAACUGUCAAAGCACAGACUUUUCCAAGAAGCUGUUUUUAUUUCCCAGUGGCAAACAGCCCUUUCAGGAAUGUUCCAGAGAUGAUGUGUCAUGGAAUCCCCAAACUGGUCUCUUGUUUGGAUGAUAUUAGGUAGUAUCCUUUUGGUAUGCUGGUUGAUCUUUCAUAGUGUUAGUUUUUUGUUACUUAAGAAAAAAAUCAGCUAUAAAUAAAAAGUAUUUUUGUAAUUUCCAUGUGUAUAUAUGGUAUAUUUCUACCAAUGGCCAGUUGUCAUAGUCCAAAACCUAAAUCAGCUUGCAAAACACUGUGGACAGUGCAAGAUUUUAUUGACAGAUUAACACAAUGCCUAAGUCUAUCCAAAUAGGUAUGCACUUGAAUGAACAAAGAGCCAAAGAAACUCAGCCUUUCCAUGCAAAUGAUAUGAGUCCGAUAAAGUCAGCUACAUUGUCCCGCCUUAUCAGUACUAUUAAUCUUCAUCAGUGCAAUGAUCUCAACCCAGUAGUUUGUCUGCUUGGUAAACGCCUGGAAAUACUUUACGUGAAAAUGAAGUUUCAAGACCUUAGUGUAAUUAAAAUAUAUGUGCUUCAAAGACAAUGUCUGAGCUUGGAUGUUUCAGUGACUUAGAGAGAAUGAGCCUACAGGAGGCAGUGGUACAGCUCCAGCUUGCUAAGAAGAUGGAGAAACAAAUCAGAUACUCCUUUAAACCAGACACCACAGGUUUAAGGAGAGUAUCUGGGAAGAGAACCUUAAGCUGAAAAGAAAUCAAUCUGUUCAUGUUUUCCCAGCAAUGGGGAGAUAGCCACCAUGGUUUGAUUUUUCUGUGAAUAAGAUGUGGUCUUUUCUCUGAAAGAGCCUCCUGACCUUAUGGAGGUGGCAGAUACCCGGACAGCUGACUCUGAGAAAAGGCAGAGGGUCCAAGGAGCCUCAUGGAAGGGAAAGUAGAGUUCCAUGAAAUCCCAGAGGUUCUGCAUCCUCACGACCCUCCAGACAGCUGAAGAAGCCACAAAGGACCUUGGCAACCUUGGAGAAUGGAGUGAAAGUUCAGAGAAGUGGAGUGACCUGCCCAAGGAUCAUGCUCCAGCAGGUGUCACCAUGCUGCCUGCAUGCUUGUCCGUCACACAUUUCUUGAACCGUACUGGAAGUUUAAAAAGUAGACAAAGGUCAAAUGAGGGGUUCUCUAUGUUCUUGUGAAGAAAAAAGAUGAUUGAAUAUAUAAAGAACUUCAGAUAAAGUAUAUAGAGGACAAUGCAUUUGUGGCAUAAUAAACAUUUUUCAGAACUA